UAGAGUACACAAGAUGACAAGACGAAGCGACUGGUCGCUAGCAAGUGGCGCCCACGUCCGCGCUCUCCUGUCCCGUCUCCUCAACUGAACCAAUGGCAGCGGCGGCGUGGCCUGGCACCGCCUGCGCCUCCUCCCCGAACUCUCUUCUGCUCUCGGGCUCCCCUCCCCACGCAGCCUUCGCGCUCGCGCCUUCCCCGGGGAGCUCCAUGCGGCGGCGACUUCUCCUCGGCUUCGGCACCCCGGCCGUGGCGGUGGUGGCUGCCGUGGCUCCCCCCGCGGUGCUGCAGGAUGGGGUGGCCACGCUGCUCAUCACCGCUGGCGCCUACUCCCUUGUGCGCACCUUCGAUGUGCUCACCGAGCGGCGGCUCAUCGAACAGAGUUUGAGCAGAAAGAUUGUGCAUGUGCUGUCCGGCGUUCUGUUCAUGUCUUCCUGGCCACUGUUCAGUAAUUCGACAGAAGCACGGUACUUCGCUGCAGUUGUUCCAUUCUUGAACUCCAUAAGGCUUCUGACAUACGGACUCCGUCUUUACACCGAUGAAGCUUUAGUAAAAUCGGUGACCCGUGAAGGAAAACCAGAGGAAUUGCUGAAAGGUCCUCUCUAUUAUGUCCUGGUGCUGCUGUUCAGUGUUUUAGUCUUCUGGCGUGAGUCCCCCAUUGGGAUUGUUUCCUUGUCGAUGAUGAGUGGCGGCGAUGGCUUCGCUGACAUUGUCGGGAGAAGGUAUGGCUCACUGAAGCUGCCAUUUAAUGAGAAGAAGAGCUGGAUCGGUAGCAUCUCGAUGUUCUUUUCCGGCUUCCUGCUAUCCGCUCUAAUGCUGUUCUACUUCUCAAGCCUUGGUUACAUUCAUGUUAGCUGGGAGGAGAUAUUUGGUAAGCUGGUUCUUGUUGCAUUGGCAGCCACAAUAGUGGAGUGUAUUCCUGUCACUGAUGUUGUAGAUGACAAUAUCUCUGUUCCUUUGGCCACCAUGUUGGUAGCUUUUCUGUUAUUUGGCUCCAAUGCACAAUGACUAAUACUAUUAAGUAGGCGCUUUUUGAGUUUUCCCUGCAAUGAACCCACAUUUUCCCCUCC